CCUAAAAGCGCAGCAACCGAGUGACGUCACUUCCAUGCCGUACACCUUCAGCUGACCGACUGGCUUACUUCAAACUAGACCGGGUCACUCUAAAUGAAUGAAUGCAAAACUCUUGAGGCACACUCUGACGGAGAGCUGUCCCAUUGCUCAGCAUUCUGCGGUACGCAGCAUCUUCUCUCUCAACGGGUGUUUUGAAAUCUGAGUGUGUUCCAGCUACCCCCACCAUGAACUUCGGCACCAGUAGCUACGUCCCCACCACCUCCUAUGGAGGAAACCCCUCGGCCCUCACUGGAACCACCCCCACGGCGUCCAAUGACCUUCACAUUCCCUCCAACACCAACCGCAGCUACGUCGAGGAACUGACAUCGUUCGACGUACGUAACUACCUCCCCUGUCCGAAACACAAGCUAGACAUUAAGCUCAACUUUACCUACAACGACGCCCUUGAUCCUUAUUUAGUCAAAGACCCCUUGUCCAUGAUCAAAUACGAAAGCCAAUACAACGCCAAGACUUACCAACCAUCGAGCGCCAACAACUCCAGUUACUCGUAUCUCAAAUCCGAUGACUUCUACAGCAAUGGCGAACCCAAGCCCUACUUCCCUAGGACUUUUAACUACAACUUCGAGCAAGAAAAACAGAAAGAUGAAGCGAAUAAGAACAAAGCGAAGAAGGGGGAACCGAAAGCGAACGAGCGGAAACAGAGUGAAGCAAGAGCGAACGAAAACGCGAAGGGAAGCGAUGGUAAGGGCAAGAAGAAGCAGUGCAAGCCUGGGGAGAUAGAUCCUGAUCACAACAACAACUUCUUGAAGGACAUGAGGGGCAAAUUUGGGGCGAAUCCUGAGCGGUGGCAGGAUUGUCAAGUGACCAACCGUAUCGAUGAGCUAGCUCAGCCCAAACGGUUGCCGUGCGAGUACCAGGACAACAGGAAAUCUGUCUACUGGAUCACCAAGCGCCCCCCACCUAAACCAGAAUGCUGCAACCACACCCAUUUCGAAACAUCUGAACGGCUGGAUGAAUUGGCAAUACCCAAGGUCGUCUGCGGCGAGUUUAUUGGAGCGAGACAUUGCUGUUGGGAGGGUGAAUAUCCUAAGCCUCCCGUGUCAGACAUCGAUCCUAGGACCGUGGACUGGAGUCGACUCGCCUCACCCAAGCGUAAAUACCCGCCCAACGGUGUACCGAUUCAGCCAGUCAAGCGAUCUGCUCUAAAGUUCAACCCCACCAAACGCCUGUGUAAGUUGUCCGAACCAAAGAAAGUGAUCAACAGCGACAAAUAUUACCUGUGGCUGUGGAAGAAAAAACCCGACAACACAAUCCUUCUGAAAAAGGUCCGACGCCGUAGUAUUGACAAGUGUGACCUAACCAACAUGAGAGUCAUGAUCCGAUGUGACCUCAGUCUGGAUCCGGUCUCGGAGGCCUGCCGUAAGCUCAAGGCCAUCCUGCCGACCAUCAAGUAUGCCCUGGACAAGGGAGCGCAGUCUGUCGUCAUCAUCAGCUCGUGUGAGGGCGCGGCAUGUGCAGAAGCCCCCGAUAACUCACUGGAUCGACUGACUGACGCAUUUGAGCAACAUCUGGGUCGCCCAGUCAUCUACCUGGAGGACUGUGUGGGAUAUCAGGCUAGAGCACUGUGUGCUGAUCCUGAGCCUGGCUCCGUCUUCCUGCUGGAGAACAUCGGGUUCCACCCUGAGGAACUGGGGAGGAAACAGAUGCCUGAUGGCACCGUGGUAGACUGUAAGCCUGAGGAAAUUGAAAAGUUCCGAUCUACGCUGUUCGGUCUGGCCGAUUUAUACGUGGUCGAUUCCAUAGCAGAGCUGGUCGAUAUGACGAACACAACAAUCGGAAUAAAAAACCAGGAAAAAGCUUAUGGGUUCAUCAUCAAGAACGAGCUAGAGUAUUUUAAUCGCUUUGCCGUGCGUCCCCAACAGCCAAUGGCCGCAGUCAUUGGAGGAAAGUUUAAGGAGAAAAUCAAAGUAGUCCGCAACGUCAUGGGUAUAGCUCAGGAGAUAAUACUGGGCGGAGAACUAGCCAUGAUCUUUUUAAAAGCUUUGAAAAAAAUCGACAUCGGCUCGACUCAAUGGACGCCGAAGAUGCUGAAAAAGGCACUGAAGAUUCACACACGGGCUAAAGACACGAACACAGCCAUAUAUUUACCCUCAGAUGUUGUGGUGAGAAAUAUAACGACGGGCGAGUAUUUUACAGUACUCACUCGAGAAGAUAUUGAUGAAGGGUACGAAGUCGUCGACAUCGGGCCCUUCACCCGGGGGUGCUACGAGAAGGUCAUCUCCUUCGCCCGGACGAUCCUGUGGUGUGGGGAGAUGGGGGAGCUGGCAGACGGCACCACGUCCAUCUCCAACGCCUUCGCUGCCGCCACCAACCAGGGUGCCUGGACCUACAUCGCUGACGAUGCCACGAAGAAAAUCUUUUUCGCCAUUCAGGAACCGGAAAACGUGUCUCACGUAACUGCAAACGGAGAAGUAACCUCCAUGCUACUGAAUGGUAAACUCCCCAAAGGACUUGCUGUACUGAACCGGUAUCGUAAGAAAAUAAAAAAACGCCAACCCAUCCCCGUGAUACCAUCCAACAAGCCGGUAUCGUUUGAGAUCCCCGGGGCUAUGAUAGACAACGGCUCCCGUAUCAUGGGGAUACAUGACGUACCUCUAGAGGGCCGCAGGGUCCUUAUUCGAGUCGACUUCAGUGUGCCCAACACCAAGGCCAACAACCUAUCCAACAACUACCGAAUCCGUAUGACGAUACCCACGAUCAAAUACGCGCUGAGGAACAGGGCCAAGUCAGUGGUCAUCAUAGCUCAUCAGGGGACGCCAUCCGGCAGAAAAAUGUCCGAGUUCUCCCUCAAGCCCAUCUGUGAUGCCCUGGCCUCUCUACUCGGACAAGCGGUCCUGUUCGUGCCGGAGACUGUGGGGAAAUCUGUAGAGGCGGCCAUCAACCAAAUCCACCCCGGGGCCGUGCUGAUGGUGGAGAACCUGCGCUUUAAUCUGGAGGAGGAGGGCGUCGGCAUAUCAAAUACCUGUAGGGCUCGUGAGUAA